AUGCUUUCCUCGCCUCCUGUGAAGACAGUAGCUCCGUCCUCGAAUCUUCUUCGCUAUCUUCGCUGCCAAUUUGACUAUUCGCGUUGCCGGUCAAAGGUUUCAACUGCCUGCCGAUGGAGUUCGAGUCAGGCUUGCGCGAGCGGUUUACGGUCUUCGCUACAUUUGAACUCGCCUAAACUAGCAUAUGGCUACUCAUCGUACGGAACAAAGUGUGGUACCUCUCUGAUUAAGCCGCCCAUUGUAACAGGCACUUUGAUAUCACGCAGACGCUCUCUUUCUGCCAGCCGAUACCAGCUCUUGAGCACAGAUGGCAUCCGAUCCUUCAGCACUACAACUGUGAGAUGCCGACACUUCCUGCGGCGGCUUUUAGGCUUUUCACGGCCACCCACCAACCCGCAGUUGAAACCGGAUGAUCUCCCUCAAAACAUUCCAAAUUUCGAUGACGGGAAUGAGAGUAAUCCUUUCAAUGUAGGACGCAACUUGGCGUUGAAGGUCUCAAAUGAACCUCGACUUCGAUGUACAGAGUUUGAUGGGGCUGGAAACGUUACUCUUGUAAACGGGGAAUUCAAGAAGAGCGAAUUGAUUGCCAAGUAUGGCCUUCUACCUCGAGACCUGAGAAAGAUCGAUUCCUCCGUCCUGCCACAUAUUCUCAUUCGUCACAGCGCAAUUCUUAUCAGUCUUUUACAUUUAAGGGUUCUUAUCAAGUCAGAUCGAGUCUUGGUGUUUGAUGCGUAUGGUUCCACAGACACUUAUACCCAGUCCCUAUUUAUGUAUGACCUUGAGGGAAAAUUACGACAGAAAGAACCAGUUUCACGAGCUGCUUGGGCCUCUGGCGCUUUACCAUAUGAAUUUAGGGCACUUGAAGCAGUGCUCGUAAGCAUCACUAGCGGCCUUGAGGCAGAAUUUGAGGGCGUUAGAGAACCGGUUUCUAGGGUUCUACGAGCGCUUGAAGAGGAUAUCGACCGAGAUAAACUCAGACACCUCCUAGUCUAUUCUAAACGUCUCGGAACAUUCGAACAGAAGGCCAGACUUGUUCGUGAUGCGAUUGAUGACUUGCUAGAGGCAGACGAUGACCUGACGGCGAUGUACCUCUCCGAGAGGUCAAAAGGAAUACACAGAGCCGAACACGAUCACCAAGAAGUCGAGAUGUUACUGGAAUCUUAUCAUAAAGUUUGUGAUGAGAUCGUCCAGGCCAGCGGCAAUUUGGUAACUAACAUCAGAAACACAGAGGAGAUUGUGAAAGCAAUUCUGGACGCCAACCGCAACUCCCUUAUGCUUCUAGAGCUCAAGUUUAGCAUCGGGACUCUGGGAAUGGCAGCAGGAACUCUAUUUUCAGCUCUCUAUGGUAUGAACUUGAAAAACUUCCUCGAAGAGUCCGAUUUAGGCUUUGGCGCUGUUUCUGCUGCUUGCUUUGCCCUAACAGCAUUUGUAUGUGUGUAUGGGCUUAUAAAGCUGAGAAAGGUCCAACGUGUCCGGAUGUGGGGAGAAAACGGUAUACAGGAAUCCUAUAGGGGAGGUUUAGCUGUACGUGGUUGUCCUCCGCCUGCUCCCCAGAGUAACUGGAGAUCGGAUUCUAUUAGUCCUUUUUUUCCUGGCGAAGAACGUAUGCAACGACUACGUCGGCUGCGAGGAGCGUCAAGCCCUGCAGUGCCGCCUACCGUAUCCCCGGCUGCUGUAGCUGCGAAUAAACUGAGGUCCUCAAAGCAUAAGAAGAGGCCAGACCGAAAUACCAAGGCUGAGGCCCAAGAGCCUAUCCAAGAAGAAACUAUUCAGGAAACUGAACCCCUGAGCUCAGCAGCCCGCUAG